AUGGCUUCAUUUCAGAUAAUCAUCAUUGGCACCGGGAUCGCUGGUCUUGCAACAGCUAUCAGUCUUUCUCAGAAGACAAAACACGAAAUUCUGAUUCUUGAAAGCAGUCCGAUUCUCACCGAAGCCGGUGCUGGUGUUCAAUGCUCUGCAGCUGCAUCUCGCAUCCUCGGCAACUGGGGAUUGCGGGAACACUUUGAGGCGGUGGCAACGAGUCCGGACUUCAUGGAGAUCAGACGAUAUGAUAACAACGGACUUAUCGGUCUCAUGCCCACCAAUGUCAAGAACUAUUCUACGCGGUUGAGGGGCUCUCCUCACUGGCUUGUUCAUCGAGUCGACUACCAGAAGAUUCUUGCGGAAGCCGCUACAGCCAGCGGCGCCAAGAUCGAGUUCGGGCAAAAGGUCGUUGCCGUUGAUGCCGAAGAGGUUGAGGUGACCUUGGAGAGUGGGAGGUCGCUGCGCGCAGAUUUGAUUAUUGGGGCCGAUGGUAUACACUCAAGAACUCGACGCUCAAUUCCUGGCUUGGUGGACGUAGUUCCCCGGAGAACGGAGAAUUACUGCUAUCGAGCCUUGGUGCCCCGUGAGGAAAUGCUCAAAAAUCCUGUUACCGCUGCUCUGGUAGACAACCAGAGUCAACAGGCUUGGGCUGGUCAAUUCAAGCACAUUAUAUCUUACCCAAUCGCCAAGGGUAAGUUUUACAACUUGGUUAUGACAAUCCCCGACCUUGGCGACGCUCCGUUGGGCAAGUACAAUGAGCCAGGCGAUGUCUCGGAGAUGCGCCAGGUGUUCAGUGAUUUCAAUGACACUGUUCACGCAGUACUCGAUACCGUGGAAAGCUGCGCCAAGUGGGUACUAGCCGAACUCCCGCCGCUGCCUACGUGGUCAAGUCCAAAUGGACGUGUCAUUCUUGUGGGAGAUGCUUGUCAUGCUAUGGCGCCACAUGCCGCCAUGGGUGCAGCUACAUCGCUCGAGGACGCCGAAGUUCUUGGUCUUUGCGUGGCAACUUGCAAAGGGAUAGCUGAUCUUCCAAGAGCCGCAAAAGACUAUGAGUACCUCCGCAAAGCCCGGUGCGAACGCAUACAGGAGAUCUCGCGUGAAAACGCGACCACUUUUGCUCUGCCAGAUGGACCAAUGCAGGAAGCAAGAGACCGUAUAUGGAGGGCCCAGAAAGCCAUGUUAGAGAAGCAGUUGCAAGAGGACAGUCCUCUGGUCAUCCCGGCAGAAGACAUGACUCAAAAGUUUCCACAUCCGGCGCUGGUCCAGUGGCUUGUUGGACACGACAUCAUAGAAGAAGCAAAGAGACACCUUUCAAGUCGAGAGUAG